CAACCGCAUUGUGACACCAUUCAAACUACAGUAGCAUACAGCGUUUUUUUUGAGGCCGUUGUCAUGGCACUUCAAUUAUUAAGUAGAGUGCUUGACAUGUUGGUUUGUUUGUUACCUGGCGACCGAGCACUGGCAUGGAUACAUCUCGCGUCUCGGCGAUAAACUCGCGGCCAGAGAAAGACGAACAGUUCUAUUUGUAAUUCCAGAACGUAAGCAGGUGUGAAAAUGGCCACCUUGAGUAUGAAGCCAGGCCUGCACCACAGUGUGUUGGAUUGGGAGACCAGGAACAAGCAGUUGUCUGAGACUGCCGAACACCAACGCCAGGUGUCCCACGAUGUCCGUCAGGAGGGACUGGUUCUGCGCAAUCAGACCGCUACUAAAACCAAAUGGGAUGAGAGUGACAGCAGUCGCAGACUGAGUGACAGGGUUCAGGACAUUGCCCACUGGAAGAGCAAACUGGAGUCUUGUGCCAAGGAUGUCGACAGUGAGAUGGAUGCCCUGACUCAGUCUAAGGAAAAGAUCGAGCUUGCUCUGGCAGCCACAGCGCUGCCUCUGGAGGUCACCAUAGAGUGCCUGACCCUGUGGGAAGGCCGGCGGGGUGGAGAGCUGGUCAGUGACCCGAUGGAGGUGGAGCUGAAGAAGGACGUGGACCUGAUUGACAGCUGUCAGCGCAUGUUGCAACAGCGCAUCGAUCAGUCUUUCGAACAGCUGUGCCUGUUGCAGGAAGCCUGGCAUCAGGUGACCUCUGACCUCCAGAACAAAAGAGAUGCCCUGGAUGUGGACAUGUCCUGCCUAUCACUCACUGUGACGUCACCACAGAUCUCCCUGAAGCCCAACCCUCUCAGAAUACCUUCCAGUACCAGUACUCCCCUGCAGUGGGAGCAUUUCAGCAUUUACAACAUAACUAGAGGUAAAGAGGAGAUGCAGACCUCACUGGCCCUCAGAGAGAGCAUGCGCAUCACCCAGGCACAGGUGCAGAAUGAGAUAAAGUCUCAGGAGAUGGCUCUGGAGUUUGCCAUCCGCAAACGCACACAUCACCUGCAGCAGGCCAAAGACGAGCUGGAGUGGCAGCUGAAGACUACCAAAGAUGAGAUCCAAGACCUUCAGAAGGACAUCCGCGAACUGGAGACGGACCUGCAUGCCAAGCAGGGUUUCCUGAAGCUAUCGCACACACGUCUGGAGAACAGGACCAAGAGGCCUGGAGUGGACCUUUGCUGGGAUGAGGUUCAGUAUGGGCUGGUGGAGGAACUGAAGCAGCUGGAGGCCACCAUCCAGACUCUGAGCCAGACGCUGGGCCAGGCUCGACAUUCACUCCAGGCCCUUCAGGAGCAUGAGGCUCGCAUGCAGGAGGACCUGUCUCGCAAGGACGAGGCCCUGGCCCUGGUGCAGCGAUGCCAGGAGGUCCGCCAGCGUAUCGCUGCGGCCAAGCCAGGCCACCAGGCAUCCGGAACCGUCGUUCCUCUCACCAACUCCAGUGGAAGACACACCCUCACUGAGGCCUAAUGCCCCAUCAUCCCCUUAUAACGAUACCCAUCCCUCCUCCCUUAAGAAAUCACAGUCAUCACAAAGCUGGUGCAUCUGUUUGAAUGCCGCUUCUUCGUAUAGCAUAUAUUAUAAAACCCUCCCUCAGCCAUCCCCUCUUUUCAUUGCACACAAAGCAAUAUAAGAGUAAUACUAGAUGGCAAUACAUCCUGUUUGAAGUUCACAAGUUUUUCUGUGUCUUGUUUUCUUCGCAGUGGUUUGAGAUGUCAUCUGACCAUAGUGUGUAGUUUUGGUUUGUGUGGUUUUCUUUGAAAGACAUUGGCCAAGGGCUCUUCAAUGUCUGUCUCACUCCUCUCAUUCUUUCAUGACUUUAAUGGGGUUGUUUAUGCGGCUAGUGUGUUCAUUGUUUGAGUUGGUCAGUGGAAGAAAGCUGUAUGAAUUUUCUCCACUGGCGUAAAUUGUGUCAUUAGGAAUUGGACUCUAACCUUAAUCAGAAAUAGAUUGUAAAUGACACACUCUCUCUCACACACACACACACACACACACACACACACACACAC